AUGUCUGCAUUUACAAAUAGAGAACGAGAAAAGGCUGAAACAAAAUUGAGGAAUGAGUUUGAAAUUUUGCAUCUUAAUAUUACUAGCAGUAAUCAAUCAGAGCAACAAACAUCAACGCCAAUAGUUACUGAAAUUAUGCAAAAUCCAUUUUUCGAAGAUAUUUUUGGAGUACAAAAUCAAGAAGACACACCUUUAGAUGAGGUGGCACAAUAUAUGAAGACUACCCCUAUUAGUUAUAAUGCCAAUCCUUGGCAAUA